AUGGGUCACUCACACUCAAAAAUUCACACUUAUCAACUCUCAGCUGGCGGACUCGAGAAGGGAAUCCCGCCCGUCAUUCGCGUCUCACACAAAAGAGGCAGGUUUCUGGAUUCCUCAUAUAAACUCCUUCUCAGUGGUCCCAAUGGCGAGCCUAUGUACACAAUUGACUUGGUCAAGGGCUUAUACAGCGACAUCCUCCUCCACAGCGGAUCAUCCAUCUACUCACCACUACUGGCUGCUUCUAGUAGGCCGUCAACCAGGCGCGGCGAUUAUCUGAUCAGAUUGCCUUCACUCUCAGGCGAUGCUCCACGAGAGGAGAUCCUCCAUUGUUCCACAGGACUAACAAGAAGGGGACAUUUCUGGUUUGUUACCCAGGUCGGCCAUGGCCCGGACCAACACAGAGAAGGUUUUGAAUGGCGAAGCUCUCGAGGCGCUGAAGUCAGGAGCGUUGGUCAAUCAAGCCGGGGAUACAAGCUCGUCCGUGUUGGCAGCACAAACUUCCACAAUGGGAGCACCAACAGAGUGGGAUACACCAGCGAUGGCAAGGAGGUCGUUGCUGUUUGGGCAAACACAAGCCUUUUCAAGAGUUGGUCAGGUGUCGGAGAGUUUCAGUUCCGAGGAAGCGGUGCUACAGGCGAGUUGGGUCAGUUGUGGGCGCUGAUGGCUGUCAUGAGCUGCAUGUCGAUCUGGCAGAAGGUCCGGAGAGAUGCUGCUGGGUCUCAUGGAGCAUCGGCUGGUGGUGCUGGUGGUGCUGGUGGUGCUGGUGCAGGAGCAUGUGGUGCUGGAUGUUAG